CAUUUGAAGCACUAAUUCUGUGACUUAAACAUGGUUUGCACUGAAAAAGGGAAACCUCAAGUGUUGCUUUUCUUCACAUACUUGUCCUUAUGGUGUAAUACUAUUUCUACCUAUGUCAAUGCAGAAAAUACUGAUAGUAUGAAGCCAGGAGAUAUACUGAAUGCCAGUGCCACAUCUACGUUGUGUUCUAAACAAGGUAGAUAUUGCAUGAAUUUUAACCAAAAUACGGAUUUUGACAACCUCACUUAUCUCAGCAUAUUUGCCAAAGGGAAAGAUAAUUGGUUAGUCUGGAUCGCUAAUAGAGACCAACCUGUUGACAUGGAUUCUGCAGUGUUAUCACUGAACCAAUCUGGUGCACUCAAAAUAGAAUCCAAAAUCGGUGAACCAAUAAUCCUGUAUGCUUCACGUCAACAUUCUAACAAUAGUAGUAAUAUUGUUGCCACCUUGUUGGAUACAGGUAACUUUGUGUUGAAAGAUAUUCAGAAGAACAUUGUUUUGUGGCAAAGUUUUGAUCAUCCAACCGAUAGUUUGCUCCCUGGGAUGAAAUUAGGUGUGAAUCGUAAAACUGGUGAAAAAUGGUCACUGGUUUCAAGCAUUAGCGAUUCAAGCCCAGCUUCUGGUACAUUCAGGCUUGAGUGGGAACCCACAAGAAAAGAAUUGGUCAUCAAGCAUAGAGAAAAAGUAUAUUGGACAAGUGGAAAACUGCUGAUAAACAAUACAUUUGAGUAUAUAUCUGGAGAAGACUUUGAGGUCAAUGUUGUGUCUAAUAAGGAAGAAGAGUACUUCACAUACUGGCCAAAUGAAGACGGUUUUACCAAAUGGACUCUAUUACAAACUGGCCUACUGAUAAACAGUGAAGGACGUGACAUAGCAAGGGCAGAUUUGUGCAAUGGGUUCAAUACUAAUGGAGGGUGCCAAAAGUGGAAUGAACUGUGCAGGAAUCCUGGUGAUAUGUUUGAUAGCAAGUUAGUUUACGUUAAUGAAAAUAUGGUAUACGAUAUAGCAAAUACUAAUUAUGGCAUAAAUGACUGCGAAGAAAUAUGCUGGAGUAACUGCAGCUGUUUUGGAUUCAGAAACUUUUAUGGUAAUGGAACUGGUUGUCUCUUCUUGGUAUCAACUGAAGGUCUUAACAUUGCAAGCAGUGGUUAUGAGUUAUUUAACAUUCUGGUUAAGAACACCGAUCCCAAAGUAUCGAACAAGAGGAUAUGGAUUUAUAUUGGAAUUGGGACUCUUACGCCAUUUGUGGGGCUUUUCAUUGUGCUCUUAGCAGUAAGGAAACGAAGACAUGUGCUUCGAGAGAGGGAAAGAAUGAGAAUGCAGAUUGAAGAUCUAGAAGGUUCAAGGCAAUACUCUGAUGGUGAUGAUCUAGAAGGAGAUUUGAGCAACGGAGAUGACUUAAAAGUGUUUACCUAUUCAUCAAUAAUUGUGGCAACCAAUGGCUUUUCAUCAGAAAACAAGUUAGGACAAGGUGGCUUUGGACCUGUUUUCAAGGGAAUUCUACCUUCGGAGCAAGAGGUAGCUGUGAAGAAACUUUCAAAAACAUCUGGACAAGGAAUGACUGAGUUUAGAAAUGAAUUAACACUCAUUUGUAAGCUUCAGCAUACAAAUCUUGUUCGGCUAAUCGGUCAUUGCAUUCAUGAACGAGAGAGAAUGUUGAUCUAUGAGUAUAUGCCCAACAAAAGUUUGGACUUCUUUUUAUUUGAUUCCAAUAGAAGAAAAAUGUUAGAUUGGAACAAACGCUUUAGCAUAAUCGAAGGAAUUGCUCAAGGACUACUAUACCUUCACAAAUACUCAAGACUUCGAAUUAUCCACAGAGAUUUGAAGGCUAGUAAUAUUCUCCUUGAUGAAAAUAUGAACCCAAAAAUUUCUGAUUUUGGUGUGGCAAGAAUGUUCACAAAACAAGAAACUGAAGCAAAUACCAACAGAAUUGUUGGGACAUAUGGUUACAUGUCUCCUGAGUAUGCGAUGGAAGGAGUAUUUUCUACGAAGUCUGAUGUGUAUAGCUUUGGAGUGCUGCUCCUUGAAAUUAUCAGUGGUAAAAAAAACAACAGUUUCUACUCUGAAGACAGACCAAUUAAUCUAGUAGGACAUGUAUGGGAGCUAUGGAAAGAAGGUGCGGUUCUUCAGUUGGUGGAUCCAUUACUAAAUGAGUCGUUUUCUGAGGAUGAAGUGCUGAGAAGUGUUCAUGCUGGUUUAUUAUGCGUAGAAGAAAAUGCGGAUGAUCGUCCCACCAUGUCCAAUGUUAUAGCAAUGUUAACUAACAAAAUAAAAGUGGAUAUUUUGCCUAAGAAACCAGCAUACUACGGUGGAACAAGAGUUUUUGAGGAAGAAACUUACGGCGAAGAUGUGGAUGUAGAUUCCACGUAUGAAAACUCUUAUUCACAUGUACAAAAUAUAGAUAGUUCCAGCGAAGAAAUCACUAAAUUAAUCUAAUAAACAUUUGCGCUAUUCGUAGAAUUAAAAUGUUUUAUUUGUUUUGCCUUCCCGAGUGUUGAUCCCUUGGGAAGACAUUGAAUGUAUUUGAAACAAUUGCGAUACGAUAUUUAACCAAAAUUCCCUUUCAUACAAUAAC